UUUCACUACACAGCAACCAUGGCCUCCUCAAAGCCAGCGGCAAGAACAUCCCGGGAUAUUGCUGGUGUCAUGCAGAGACUCCAAGAUGAGCAAGAGUCAGUGCAAAAGAGGACUUUCACAAAAUGGAUCAAUACUCAUCUGGCCAAGCGCAAUCCUCCCAUGGUAGUCAAUGAUCUAUUCGAAGAUAUUAAGGAUGGAGUAGUAUUAAUUGCCCUUUUGGAGGUUCUCUCAGGACAAAAAUUGCCUUGUGAACAGGGACGUAAAUUGAAGAGAAUUCAUGGCGUAGCCAAUAUUGGUGUAGCCCUCAAGUUUCUGGAAGGACGACGGAUUAAGCUUGUAAACAUUAACUCAACUGACAUUGCGGAUGGCAGACCAUCUAUUGUGCUUGGGUUGGUGUGGACUAUAAUUUUGUAUUUUCAGAUUGAGGAACUUACAAGCAACCUCCCACAACUGCAGUCAUUAUCCAGCAGUACCUCAUCUGUGGAAAGUGUUGUCAGUUCAGAGACUACCAGUCCACCAUCUAAGCGAAAGGUGGUAACCAAAGUCCAAGGGAAUGCAAAGAAGGCAUUGCUAAAAUGGGUUCAAUACACAGCAGCAAAGCAAACUGGCAUUGAAGUCAAAGAUUUUGGACGAAGCUGGAGAAGUGGCGUCGCCUUUCAUUCAGUUAUUCAUGCUAUUCGCCCAGAACUAGUGGAUUUGGAAAGGGUGAAAACAAGAUCUAACAGAGAAAAUCUAGAAGAAGCCUUUACAAUUGCAGAGUCAGAAUUGGGAAUCCCAAGACUUCUUGAUCCUGAAGAUGUGGAUGUGGAUAAGCCAGAUGAAAAAUCUGUUAUGACCUAUGUGGCACAGUUCCUGAAGCACUACCCUGAUCUUCAUAAUGCAGCUAGUGAAUCACAAGAGACUGACAAAGAGGAAAGACUGAUAUUACGAGACCUGAAAAUUUGGGUAGAACAAUUUGAAAGAGACUUGACAAGGGCUAAAGUGAUAGAAGUAAGCUUGCAAGAGAAAUACCAGUCAUUUAAACAUUUUAGAGUACAAUAUGAAGUGAAGAGGAAACAGGUUGAACAUGCAAUCCAGUCUGUAAGGAAGGAUGGUAAACUGUCACUUGAUCAAGCACUGGUGAAGCAGGCAUGGGACAGAGUUUCUUCUCGGUUAUUUGAAUGGCACCUGCAACUUGAUAAAUCUCUUCCUGCUCCUUUGGGUACUAUUGGUGCCUGGCUUCAUAAGGCAGAGACUGUUCUUCAAGAGGAAAUCAUCGUCCAGCAAGCUCAUGAGGAAACAGCAAAUAUGAUACACAGGAAGCUUGAACAGCAUAAGGAUGUGCUUAAACAUCUAGAUGGCUACAAAAAGACAUUCCUGGAGAUCCACAGAGCUCGAUCUGUCAAUGGAGUUCCACUUCCACCAGAGCAGCUAGAUGACAUGGCAGAGAGGUUUAAUUUUGUUGCCUCUACAUCUGAGCAUCAUCUGCUAAAAAUGGAGUUCUUGGAACUGAAGUACCGCCUGCUAUCUCUCUUGGUUUUGGCAGAGACAAAAUUAAAAUCAUGGAUUAUUAAAUAUGGAAGAAGGGAGUCUGUUGAACUUCUGCUUCAAAACUAUAUGUCUGUUAUUGAAAAUAACAAAUUUUUUGAGCAAUAUGAAGUUACAUAUCAAAUCCUGAAAAAAGCAGCAGAGAUGUAUGCCAAAACUAAUGGCUCAUUGGAAGAAAUCGAGGCUGUGGUGCGGUUCAUGAAUGACACAACCACACAGUGGAGGCAUUUGUCAGUAGAGGUGAGAAGUGUGAGGAGCAUGUUACAGGAAGUCAUCGCCAACUGGGACCGCUAUAGCAGCACAGUGGCCAGUCUGCAGGCCUGGCUAGAGGAUGCUGAAAAAAUGCUGAAUCAACCUGAACAUGCCAAAAAGGAUUUCUUCCGGCAUUUACCACACUGGAUACAGCAGCACACUGCUAUGAAUGAUGCUGGCAAUUUUCUGAUUGAAACUUGUGAUGAAACCAUUUCAAGAGAUUUAAAACAACAGCUGCUACUGCUCAAUGGACGGUGGAGAGAAUUAUUUAUGCAAGUUAAGCAAUAUGCUCGGGCAGAUGAACUAGACAGAAUGAAGAAAGAAUAUUUGGAUGGUGUUGCUGUCUUGUCUACUUUCACUGAUGAAGCAAAUAGGAAACUCUCUGUACCUUUAAAAGUGUCCUUUUUAAAUGUGAAAAUGUUUGUCCAAGAGAUGGAGGAUAUUAAACAAAAAGUGCCUGUUAUGGAAGCUCAGUACAAGAUGGUUACAAGAACAGCACAACUUGUUACUAAGGAAAUUCCUCAAGAAGAAGUCAGUGAAAUGCUUUCAACCAUGUCAGCAAUUAAAGGACAUCUCAGCAAGGUUAAUGAGUCCUGCCCUGUUGUGCUGUAUGAAUCUCAACAAAUGCUUCCUUAUCUUGAAGAAUUAGAGAAGCAAAUCACACAUUUUUAUGAAUCUCUUGAAAAGGUCAAUGAAAUUGUUUCUGCCCUAGAUCCUGAAGUACAACCUGCAGAUGUUUUUAAGCAGCAACGCCAGGACCUAGUAGCUUAUCAAGAAAAUUGCAAGAAAGCUUUGUCACUAAUUGAGAGAAAUAGUCAGAGCACUAUGAAGUUUGUGGCCUCAAGUAAGACGUUAAAUCACUUCAGUUUGUCAGUGAUUCAAAAGAAAGUCACAGAAAUUCAAGCUGCUUUUCAGAAUAUGGUCAAGAAGACAAGUGACUGGAAGAAAAAUGUUGAGGCAAAUAGUCGUUUGCUGAAGAAAUUUGAAGAAUCUAGAUCAGAAUUAGAAAAUGUGCUACAGAUUGCGUAUCGCUGUCUAAAGGAAAGAGGUAAUCCUGAAGAACUUCUCAGGAAACACACUGAGUUUUUCAGCCAACUAGACCAGCGGGUGCUAAAUGCUUUCCUGAAAGCUUGUGAUGAACUUACUGACAUCCUUCCUGAGCAAGAACAACACAGUCUCCAGGAAGCUGUGAGGAAGCUGCAUAAACAAUGGAAGGAUCUCCAGUCAGAAGCACCACACCAUUUACUUCACUUGAAGACAGAAGUGGAAAAGAGCAAAUUUCUAGCUUUGGUGCAAGAAUGUCACGCUGAAUUAGCUCGACAGCAAGAGCUGGUGGACAAGGAGAACAGUGAGAAGAUAAUUAGAGAACACAAGUUGUCCUUUGGUGAUAAAGGACCCUUACAGCUAUGUGAGAAAAGACUACACCUAAUUGAAGAGUUAUGCUUGAAACUACCAGAAUGGGAUCCCGUUAAGGCAGCCUUUGAAAGUUGCGAUAAGUCCCUUGGUGAACUUAAAUCCCAAGUUGCCAGCACCUACAUGAAGCUAAUACAACACCCAGAUAAAUGGAAAGACUACAAAAAGAGGUUUUCUGAAUUAGAAAGUUGGAUUUUGUCAAGGGAAGCCCAACUUAAGAAGAUUAACCACAGUGCCACCGAUGCUGCUAAAUAUAAGCACUUCAAAUCAUCAGGGGAGGAAAUCAGACAAGAAGCUUGCAAGCAAGGAGAAAUUAUCACUUGGUUAAAAUCAAGGCUUUCAGCUCUGUCUGAGAUUUCAUCUGAGGAGGAAGUCAAAAAGCAAGGGGAUGAACUUGCUAGACUUUCUAGUGAUUUCAAGAGGCUUUUAACCUUGUUGUCAGAGACUGAGAAGACAUUGGCUGCUAUCAGCGAUUGUGUCCAGUACACAGAAGAAGUGAAAGACAACUUGGAAGAAUUAAUCACAAACUCGAAAGAAGUUCAGGAAGAGGCUGGGAAAAUCUUAGAUACAGAAAGUUUGCAACAAGCUCAGCAACUUCUUCGACAUCAUUUGCAAAAGACAAAGAGGCUCCAGGCAAAGAGGCAAGAUGUACAGCAGCAAAUUGCCCGAGGUAAGCAGCUACAGAUUGAAGGUGGUCUGUCUCCCACUGUGCAAGAAGAUUUAUGGAAGUUGGAGAGCACGUUACAAAACAUGCAGCAGUCGAUGGAUAAAGGUGGUGAUCAACUGCAGAUCACUGUAAGCACAUGGGAACAGUUCGAAAGGGACAAAGAAAGUGUCGUAAAGUAUCUUAGUCAAGCAAGCUGUGCACUAGAACGCAUCUUAAACUUUAGCAGCUUAGAGAGUUUGUCAUCAGAACUGGAAAAAACAAAAGAGCUUUCUAAGCAGACAGUAGCUAUGGCGAUGGAAGCUGAGAAUCUCGUCCAGAAGUCUUUUGCUAUACAGCUUGGUGCAAAGAGCAAGCAAAACCUUCAGCAACAAGCCAAGUCUAUCCAGGAACAAGUUAAAACAGUGGAAGCUACCCUUGAAGAAGAUAUUAAAACCAUGGAAAUGGUGAAAAACAAGUGGGAUCAUUUUGGCAAAAAAUUUGAAGCUUUGUCCAUCUGGAUCACUGAAAAAGAAAAAGAACUGGAUACCUUGGAAACACCAUCGUCUUCCUUGGAUAUACAAAUCAACCAAAUUAAGGUUAUUAUUAAGGAAAUCGAUGGCAAGAAAAAUGAAAUCCCAAGUCUUGAAGAGGAUACCCCAUCAUUUUUUCAAUAUCUUACCUCUGGAGAAUCAGCACAUACAAAAGCCAAGCUGACACAGAUCAGAAGGUACUGGGAAGAACUCAGAGAUCGUGCGCAGCAUCUGGAAGAAACGAUUGCAGGGAAAGCAUCUCUACAACAAAAAUAUGAGGAAAACCUCACAAAGAUUCAACAGGACUUAUACAAAUAUGAAUCCAAACUGGCAGAGACAGAUAUUAUAUGCUCUUCAUCAGCAGAAAUUUUCAAGGCUCUCCAGUUUCAUAUGGAUCUCUGUCAGGCCCUGGAAAAAAUGAAACAAACAUUGGUCUCUCUGUCAUCCAGUGGUCGCAAAAUUGCGAACAAAGAAAAAGCAGUUCAGGAUGUUUUAAUACUACAACAGCAACAUGAAAAGGCUAUGAGCCAAGUUAAAGAUAGACUAGCCUUACUAGAGACCUACCUAGCACAAUGGCAGAGACAGGAGAAGGACAUGUCUACUUUCCUAACUUGGUUAGAAAGGUGUGAGGCUGUUGCCAAACCUUCUGAAAAAUAUGUUUCUGCUGACAGAGUCAUACUGGAAUGCGAACUACAGCUACUCCAAGAGUUGCAAGCUGAUAUUGGAUCCCAUGUAUCGCUAUAUAACAGCCUAUUGCUGUUAAGCGAGUCACUAUGUAAGUCAAGUUCUAAAGAACGUGUGGAAGUAAUGAAAAAACAUUUGGAAAAACUAGACAGAAGAUGGAAAGCUCUACCUCAGGAAGUUGGCAAAAGAAUCAGUUUGCUUCAAGCUGCAGUUGCUGAACACAGGCAGUUUGAUGAUCUCCUCCUUAGUUUUUCUGACUGGAUUAAGCAAUUCCUUGGUACACUCCAUGCUACAUCUGAGAUACAUACAGCUGAUCUACAGCCAGCUAUAUGUCACAACAAGGAUCAUGAAAAGGAAGUGAAAAGUAAGUAUAAAGAACUGAAGAGACUGAGGAGUCAUGUUGAAAAGCUGUGCUCUUUCAGUUGGCCAGAGGACCAUACUGUGUUCCAGAAUAAGGCUGAAGACUGUCUCCAGCAAUACCAGGAGGCCAGUCAAGUAACCAGUCGAAGACAAGAGACUCUGCCCCAUCUCAGGGUCUUCCUAGAGCUUCAUGCUGCUGCAUCAAAGGUACUCUACCACUUGAGACAAAUGGUAGAAACCACUGGAAACAUAGAUAAGUCUAAAUCUAAAGUGCUGAAGAAGGAGCUGAGUGAAGUUAUUCAGGAUGUCAGCAAACUGGAAUCUACUGCAGGCACUUUGGAUGCAUCUCUUACUAAAGCCCAGUAUCAUCUGAAACAUGAUGGCUCAGAGCAGAGGACCUCUUGCAGAAAUAUUGCUGACAAUCUCUGCAUAGAACUGGAAUCUAUCCAGUCUUUGCUAGGAACCAAGCAGAGUGAAGCAGAAGCCCUUGCAGCACUGCAUAAGGCUGUCAUGGAGCAUAAAGAGCAGCUCCUAAAAAGCAUUGAGGACAUUGAAGAACGGGCUGACAAGGAAGGACUGAAAGAACCAAGUCUUCAAGAAAUUCAACAAAGAUUAAGGGUUUUUAAUCAGUUGGAUGAUGAACUGAAUUCCCAUCAGCAUGAACUUAAAUGGCUAAUGAGCAGAGCAAAGCAAAUAGUUCAAAAAGAUAUAAACCUUGCUCCAGAAGUUGACAAAGAGAUAAAUUGUUUGGAACUUACUUGGGAAGAUACUAAGAAACUAAUCCAGGAAAAGCAGGAUCAGUGUUGUAUCCUCAUUGAUCUGAUAAGAGAAUAUCAGAACCUGAAAUCCAUAGUAAUUAAAGCCAUAGAAGGUGCUAGCAAUGUAACAAUAUUCAAGACUAUAUUAAAAGAUCAAGGAGAUGUGAAAUGGUCUUUAUCAAAGCAUGAAGCAGCAAGGAAUGAGCUGAAUGACAGACAGAAAGAACUGGAUACCUUCACUAGCAAAGGGAAACACUUGCUAGCAGAGCUGAAAAAGAUUCCAAAUUGUGAGCCCAAUCCAGUGAAAACCGAUAUGGACAGUACUGUGGACAAAUGGCUAGAUGUUUCAGAGAAGCUUGAAGAUAACAUAGAGAAGCUGAGAGUUAGUUUAUCACUAUGGGAAGAUGUGCUGGCAGUUGGUGAUGAUAUUGAUGGUUGGUGUAGUAAUUCUAUCUCAAAGCUGAAUGACAUCAUAAGCAAUUGGACCAGCUGUCAGGGAUCUGAGACCUUCCUGGAAGAAUUUCAGUCUCAAAUUAAGGUCAAGGAGCACAGCUUGGAGCAACUCCAUCCCAAACUAUGUGAACUUAAAGAACUAAUUAAUUUGGAAGAACAUCCCACAAAUCUUCAGUUUUUAGAAGCAGAUCUGUGGAAAAAACUGAUGCAUACUAAAGAAAUGAGUGAAAUAGCAAAAGAAACACUGAGAGAUUUCAGUACUCAGAAGAUGCAGUUACAGAACUUCAUUAAUCAGAUGGAAGAUUGGCUUGCCAAAAUUGAAGAAUCACUUUUAAGCUGUGCUCAUAGCCAGGAUCCAUCAGGUCUAAGUACAAUCAAGAAAAUACAAAAGGAGUUUCAGCAACAGCAGAGCAACUUUGAUUCCACACAGGAGACUCUCAACAGCCUCUGUCGCAAAUAUCCAUCCAUGGAACUGGAGGCCCUUGGGAGCACUGUCACCUCACUGACCAAGAAGUACGAGGCUGUGAAUCAGUUAACUUCGAAAACACAAACUUCCAUGCAGGAGUCCCUGGAAAAACAUUUUCUCUUGUCAAUGGCAGAAUUUCAAAAUUGGUAUUCUAAUCUGAAGGCCACUGUAAAAGAUUUACGUAUUACAUCUGGUGACAGUAAAUCCAUAGAUGCAAAGCUCUAUGGACUGAAGAAAGUGCUGGACUCUCUUGAUGAAGGCAGGAACAAACUGGAGGUAGCCUCUCAAGAAGGAGAACAUUUAUGUGCAUAUGUAUCGAAAUCAUCUGUGAGUGGUAUUCAGGAGCAGAUAGCCAAAGCUCAUCAGGACUUUGAGGGAUUCCUGAAACAAUGCUUGAAAGACAAACAAGCUCUGGAAGAAUGUGUUGCAGAACUUGAAAGCUUUGAGGAUCUGUGCAAAAGCCAGAGCCAGUGGCUUUGUGAAAUGGAGGAGAGGAUACAUACAGAAGCUUUGGGAGAGACCAAACAGCACAUUCCUGAUAAGAAAAAUGAGGUGCAGAAAGUGGAAGCAUUUCUGGAAGAGCUACUGGUUGCAAGAGAAUCUUUUGAUAAACUUUCCCAGAAGACACAGGUUUUAAAUGAGAAAGGGUAUAGUGCUGGGAAAGAGACCCAUGUGGCAUCUCAGCAUUUUACUGCAUAUCAGAAUCUUGUCAAGACAGUCAAAGAAAAACUGAGGGCCUCUCAGGUGGCCCUCCAGGAGCACCAAGUUUUUGAAGAAGCGCUGCUGAACACGUGGACCUGGGUGAAAGAUGUGCAAGAAAAGCUGGUCUCUGCAGAGAGCACCGUUGGGAGCAAAAUUACCUUAGAAAAACGUCUUUUACAAAUCCAGGACAUCCUUUUAAUAAAAGGAGAAGGAGAAGUCAAGUUAAACAUGGCCAUUGGCAAAGGUGAACAAGCACUUAGAAGUAGCAAUGAGGAAGGGCAGAAGGUGAUACGGAGCCAGCUACAAACAUUAAAAGAUGAGUGGAGUAGCAUUAUCAAAACUUCAGUGAGCUAUCAAAGCUUGCUGGAGUCUGUAAUUAAUCAGUGGAAUGACUAUCUGGAGAGGAAAAGUCAGCUGGACCAAUGGCUGGAGUCAGUCGACCACAAAGUGGAGCAGCCUUUGGAGCUUCAGAAUGGCCUAAAAGAAAAAUUUUCACAACUGGACUAUUUGCAAGCUAUUGUUUCAGAAUUAGAAGAUCAUUCUAGUGACCUGCACCAACUCAUGGAGAAAGCCACAGAACUGCAUGAAAAAACAGAGGACAGUUCUUUCAGAGAAGCUGCUCAAGAGGAGCUGAAAAUGCAGCUCAGUGACAUUACAACUGUGGUCAAGGAAAAAAUGAGAAAAGUAGAAGACAUUGUCAAGGAUCAUUUACUGUAUCUUGAUGCAGUGCAUGAAUUUACAGACUGGCUUCAUUCAGCAAAAGAAGAGCUUCAUCGCUGGUCAGAUGCAUCAGGGGAUUCAUCAGCCAUACAGAAAAAACUGACCAAAAUAAAAGAGCUGAUAGAUUCCAGACAGACUGGUGAGAGCCGCCUAAGCAGAGUUCAGACGCUGGCUCCUACGGUGAAAAAGAGCACAGCCGUUCAGGGGUGCAAACACAUCGACGCUGAAAUGCAGGCCCUUCAGUCUGACUGGGCUCAGUGGGAAGAGAGUAUAUUCCAAACUCAGAAUGGCUUGGAGGAGCUGGCUAGCCAAAUGGCCUCGUCAGAGCGGGAAUUUACUACUCAGGCUUCUCAGUUGGAAGAGGCCCUGCAGCGUUUCAGCACUCUUCUCGCAACCUGGUCCGAAAGGCUGACCCCACUGGAUAGCAAGCACACAGACAAAGAAAUCCUGCAAUGCUGGCACCGAGAAAAGGAAAUGCUGGAUGUCCUAACAAAGGCUGAACCUAUGAGUGAUGAUAUCAAGCUUCAGUUAAAUGACCUCUGUAGGUUCUCCAAAGAUUUGAGUAACUAUUCUGAAAAAGUAUCACAGUUAAUUAAGAAAUACAACAGUCUUUGUCUACAAGCUUCGAAGGGUUGCCAGAGUAAAGAGCAGGCCUUACAGCAGAGAUUCCGAACAGUUUUUAGGGAUUUCCAGCAAUGGCUGGUCAGUUCAAAAAUCACUACUGCCAAAUAUUUUGACGUGCCUCAAAGUGUCAACGAAGCUGCAGCCAACCUGCAGAAAUUACAGGAGUUCUUAGCUGAAACUGAAAAUGGCCAGCAUAAAUUAAACAUGGUGAUAUCCAAAGGAGAGCUGUUAAGUUCUAUUCUGACUAAAGAAAAAGCUAAAUCUAUUCAAGCUAAAGUUGCUACAGCUAAAGAGGACUGGAAAAGUUUUCUCUCUACCCUGCACCAGAAGGAAUCAGUUUUGGAGAACUUAAAGGUUCAGAUGAAAGACUUUGAAUCCAGUGCUGAACCUUUUCAGGACUGGCUAACUGAAACCAGGAAAAGGGUGCAAGAAAGUAGUAAUCGUCUGCAUGAUCUCCCGGCCAAAAAAAGAGAACAGCAGAAACUACAGUCUGUUCUUGAGGAAAUAAGGUGUCAUGAGCCUCAGCUCAUCAGGCUUAAAGAAAAAGCUCAGCAGCUUUGGGAAGAACGAGCUGCCAGCAAAAACUUCAUACACAGAGUAUCUCAGCUGUCUUCUCAAUAUUUUGCUCUAAGCAGUGUAACAAAGGAAAAGGUCUCCAGAAUGGACAGGAUUGUAGCAGAGCACCAACAGUUCUCUCAUGGUCUGAAGGAACUUCAGGAUUGGAUGACAGAUGCAAUUCAGAUGCUAGAAUCUUAUUGCCAUCCCACAGCAGACAAAAAUGUCCUUGACAAUAGAAUGGCAAAGCUGGAGGGAUUGUUUUCAGUAAAACAGGAGAAAGAAAUCCAGAUGAAAAUGGCGCUGACAAGAGGAGAAUCUGUUUUGCAAAAUACCUCUUUAGAAGGAGUGUCUGUGAUUGAACAGCAGUUAAAAACACUUAAGGAUACCUGGUCUUCUUUUUUGUCUGCUUGUAUACAUUGCAAAAGCCAGCUGGAAGGAGCACUGUCCAAAUGGACAAGUUACCAGGAUGAUGUUCGACAAUUUACUGGCUGGAUGGACAAAGUGGAAGCGGUCAUGAAUGCUUCUGAGAGGCAGAGUGCUGAACUGAGAGAAAAAAAUGCUUCACUCAGCAAAGCUAAGUUACUUAAAGAAGAAGUGUUUAGUCACAGUGUGCUGCUGGACAAAAUUGAAGUUAAAGGCAUGAGCAUGACUGAACAUUAUGUAACUCAGCUUGAACUUCAAGACCUGCGAGAAAGAUACCAGUUUCUCAAAGACAGGACAAUGGAGGCAAUAUGUAAAGCUGAGGAAUGUGUUCACUUGCAUCAUGAAUACCAAAGAAAUCUGAAGGCUUUUGAAGCAUGGCUAGAAAAAGAACAGGAAAGGCUCAACUGUUUAUCCCACCUUGAAGGUGAUGCAGAGAAACAUGAAGCAACGCUAAGGGAGCUCCAGGAAUUACAGGUGCGCUGUGCUGAGGGACAAGCUUUGCUUAACACAGCACUGCACGUUAGAGAAGAAGUGAUACCAUGUGGUAUACCACAUCUGGAAGACAGAUUAUUAGAGUCUGUUCGUCAAGACUGGACUAUGUAUCAACAUAAGCUUUCUGAAGUCAGGGCACAACUAAAUGCCACCCUAAGCAAACUGAGGCUGAUGGAAGACAAGUAUUUGAAGGUGGAUAAUUGGCUCAAAACUCUGGAGGAUAAAGUUCAUUUCAGGACUGGCCGGCAGUCUGAUAGAGCUACAAAGGAGAUGCACCUACAACAAAUAAAGAAGUGGCAUGAAGAAAUCAUAGUCUAUAAAGAUGAAGUUGAAGAAGUUGGACUGUUGGCCCAGCAGAUCCUAGAGGAGAGUCAUACUUUCAGUAGGAUGGGAAGACAAGCAACACACCUCGCCUCUCGGUACCAAGCUCUUAUCCUUCAUGUAUUGGAACAAAUAAAAUUGAUUGAAGAAGAAAUUCGAAGUAUGGAGGAAUCGGAACUGGCUUUUAGUGUUUUCCAAAAUUGGUUUGGAGUUACUCUCAGGAAGUUCAGAAAUGUGGCAACCAAAUCUGAUGUAGUGGAUAAAGCAGCAAUGGAGAAAAAAAUGCAGAAACUUAAGGACCUCAUGGGUGACAUGGAUGUUGGUCAACAUUUGUUGAAAUCUGCCCGUGAGAAAGGAGAGAAAGCUAUUAAAUACAUGGAUGGAGAUGAAGCUGAACAAUUAAAGAAAGAGAUCAGUGAUUGUGUGGAGAAACUUGAAGAAAUAACCAGCUCUAUCAGGAAGGAGCAAACAACCUUAGCAAAAUGUCUCCACUUAGCAAAGGAAUUUUUAGAUAAGUACAAAGCUCAGACUCAAUGGCUGUCAGAGUAUCAGAUCAUACUUCACACUCCGGUUGAUCCCAAAAUGGAAUUAUAUGAGAAAAAGGCACAGUUAUCCAAAUACAAGUCAGUCCAGCAAAUGGUGCUGUCCCAUGAACCGUCAAUAAAAUCUGUGAAUGAAAAAGGAGAAUGCCUCCUUGAACUGGUGUAUGAUGUCAAUUUAGCAGAGAACAUUCAGAAACUUCAAACUGAAUACCAGGAGCUCUGCAAUACAACAAAGGCACAUGUUGCAAGCUUGGAGGUGAAAGUAAAACAACAUGAAGAGUACAAUAGUGAUUUACAAGAGGUGGAAAAGUGGUUGUUACAGAUGUCAAGCAAGUUGGUUACCCCUGACCUGAUGGAGAACAGUAAUCUAGAAGUUAUAACACAACAAUUAGCCAACCACAAGGCAAUGAUGGAAGAGAUUGCUGGCUUUGAAGAUCGCCUGAACAGCCUUAAAAGAAAAGGAGACCUCUUGAUCAGUGAAUGUGCAGAGCAUCUCCAAGCAAAAUUUAAGCAAAAUAUAGAAACCCAACAGCAGGGAACAAGGGACAGCUAUUGUGCUAUUUGCAGCACAGCUCAAAGAAUAUACCAGAGUUUGGAGCAUGAACUACAGAAACAUGUUAACCACCAAGAUACUCUUCAACAGUGCCAGUCUUGGUUCUCUGCUGUUCAGCCAGAGUUAAAGCCGAGUCCUCGGCCACCUUUCUUCCUGACAGAUGCUAUUAAGCAGGUUAAGCAUUUCAGAGCCUUGCAAGAGCAAGCAAACACCUAUUUGGAUCUCUUAUGCUCUAUGUGUGAUUUGUCUGAUAGCACGGUAAAGAAUACUGCGACAGACAUCCAGCUAACAAAGCAAACGAUUGAAGAUCGAAUAAUGAAUUCACAGUACCUUGCUCAGGGCUGGGAGGAAAUAAAACAAAUGAAGGCAGAGCUUUGGAUAUAUUUACGGGAUGCAGAUCAACAGCUACAGAAUAUGAAGAGACGAGGGGCAGAUCUGGAACUGAAUAUUGCCCAGAAUAUGGUUUUGCAGGUGAAGGAGUUCAGUCAGAAGCUACAGUUCAAGCAGGCAGCUUUGACAGCUGUAACUGAAAAGGUGAGCAAACUGACCCAAGGGCAGGAGUCACCAGAGCACAAGGAAGUAGGACACUUGAGUACUCAUUGGUUAGACCUUUGCCUUGAAACGAACAAGCUGCUCCUACAAAGGGAAGAGGAUCUUCAGAGAACAAAAAGUUACCACGAUCGCAUAAAUGCAGUAGAAGUCUUUUUGGAGAAGUUUACACAGGAAUGGGACAACUUGGCACGAUCAGAUGCAGAAAGUACUGUUACGCAUCUUGAGGCAUUGAAAAAGCUAGCACAGACUCUACAGGUGAGACGAUGUGUUCUUGAAGACUUGAAAGAUCAAAAGCAGAAAGUGAUGGAACACCUGGACCUUGAUGACAGAGAAUUAGCAAAAGAACAAUCCAGCCACUUUGAGCUGCGUUGGGUCCAGCUAGAGGAUCUUAUCAAAAGAAAAAUCCAGUUGUCUGUUUCCACUUUAGAAGAGCUGAGUGUAGUGCAGGCCAAACUUCAAGAACUAAUGGAGUGGGCAGAAGAACAGCACCCUAGCAUUUCUGAGGCCCUCAAACAUAGCCCACCCCCUGACCUGGCUCAAAACUUCCUUAUGGAUCAUCUCACCAUUUGCAGUGAAGUGGAAGCUAAGAAGCUUGUUCUGAAAGCACUUAUAAAGGAUAUUGAUAGAUUGAUGACUAAUUUAGGUCUUAAUGAAAGACAGAUGCUUCAGAAAUCCCUCUUGGAUGCUCAAAGUCAUGUGGAUUGCCUUAGCGAUCUGGUUGGGCAGAGAAGAAAACACCUAAGCAAAGCAUUAUCUGAAAGGACUCAGUUCUUCCUUGUAGCCUUUCAAGCCAUUAAUCAUAUACAGCAACAUGAGAAAAAGGUGAUGUUCCAUGAAUUUAUCUCUCUGCUGCCAGAAGAUGUGAGCAAACAAAUCAGGACUUGCAAGAGCACACACGCUAGUCUAAAGUCUUUCCAGAGUGAACUCACUGGACUGUGGUCUCAAGGGAGGAAUGUAAUGAAGGAGACAACAGAACAAGAGAAGAGUGAGGUGUUAGAUAAACUUCAAGAGAUUCAGAAUAUGUAUGAAGGUGUUUUACAAAAAUUCAGCCAGCGACUUGUAGAGCUGGAGAAACAUCUGAUCUCUAGAAAAUAUUUCAAGGAAGAUUUGGAUAAAGUUUGCCAUUGGCUAAAACAAUCUGAUAUUGUCUCAUUCCCAGAGAUCAAUUUAAUGAACAGCAAUUCUGAACUUUACUCCCAGUUAGCAAAGUAUCAGCAGAUUCUUGAGCAAUUCCCUGAAUAUGAAAACCUCCUCCUGACACUACAAAAAGAUGGCCAAGAGAUCUUACCAUCGCUAAAUGAAAUGGACCGUUCCUAUCUUGAUGAAAAACUUAGCAUUUUGCCUCAGCAAUUCAAUACGAUCAUUACCCUGGCUAAAGACAAAUUCAGUAAAGCCCAAGAAGCACUCUUUGCCCGUAAAGAAUAUAUGUCAUUAAUUGAAUUGACAACAAAGGCUCUCUAUGAAUUGGAGGACCAGCUUAUAAACAUGCAUAAAAACCCUCCUGCCCUUUCAGCCAAAGAGGCUGUGUCACUGCAGCAGGAUUACAGAGCUAUCCUAAGUGAAGUCAUGAACCUUGGAGCAGCAGUAGAUGAAUUAAACCAGAAAAGGGAAGCUUUUCGGAGUACUGGACAACCAUGGCAGCCAGAAGAGAUGUUGCUGCUCACUACUCUGUAUCACAAACUAAAAAGGCAAAUGGAACAGAAAGUGAACCGUUUAGAAGAUAUGGUAGAGGCAUAUCAGGAACAUGAAGUAAUGUGUAACCAACUUGAGAUGCAGCUAAAUUCUGUAAAGGAAGAGCAAGCAAAAGUGAACAAAGAGACACUCCCGGCAGAGGAAAAGCUGAAAAUAUAUCAUGCUUUGGCUGGCAGUCUGCAAGAUUCAGGGAGCCUUUUAAAACGCAUUGCUGAACAUCUGGAGAUGCUUUCUUCCCAGCUUGAUUCAUCUGUGCAUGACAGAGCAAAUCAACAGGUGCGAGGCUGGCAGGAAGAGUUGAAAACAUUGCAGAUUGCCAUUAGCGAUACUGUGUCGGAGUGCGAAAACAGGCUAGUGCAAAGCAUAGAUUUCCAAACUCAGAUCUGCCGCUCACUUGACUGGCUAAGACACAUUAAGGUGGAAUUAACUGAACCAACCAGUUUUGAUUUGAAAUUGCAUAAUAUCCAAGAAGAAAUUCGCAAAGUUCAAAUUCAGCAGGAAGAAGUGCAGUCUAGUUUGAGGAUAAUGACAGCACUGAGCAAUAAUGAAAAGGAGAAGUACACUAAGGCUAAAGAGUUGAUACCUGCUGAUCUAGAGCACAGCCUUGCUGAGCUUUCUGAACUUGACGGUGAUGUCCAAGAAGCAAUACACAAAAAGCAGAUUAAGUUGAAUAAAUCAUAUAGCCUGUGCCAAAGAUACUACCAAGUUGCCCAGACUGCUAGUGACUGGCUUGAAGAUGCUCAGGAAUUGCUGCAGUUGGCACGAAAUGGCCUUGACAUGGAGAACUCAGAAGAAAGCCUAAGGAACCACUUAGAAUUUUUUGACACUGACAAGCAAUUCCAAAGUCAUCUGGAAGAACUACGGACUCUUGUCUCUGACAUGGAGCCAUUUUUUCAAGAUACAGAAAGAGAAGAGUUGAUACAGAGCAUAGAGGCUUUAGAAGAAAAGGGCAUGCAAUCCAACGAAGAAGCACAGUCACAGAAAGAAUUACUAGAAAGGUGUGCUUUCCAAUGGCAAGAAUAUCAGACCGUAAGACAGGAAGUAAUUGAACUGAUGAAUGAGUCUGAGCAGAAAUUAUCUGACUUUUCUACGUCUAAAGCUAUUUCUAGUCUUGAAGCAGAAGAAAAGCUAGAAUCACAUAAGUCACUAGUGUCCACAGUAAACUCAUUCCAUGAGACUAUCACUUCACUAGAGGAAAAGGCAUGUCAGUUGGAGAAAAUCUGCAAUGAUUCCAGCAAGGCAACUAUAAGUAGGUCUAUGACCACUGUCUGGCAGCGGUGGACAAGGCUCCGUAGUGUUGCUCAAGAGCAAGAGAGAAUUUUAGAAGACUCUAGGCAAAAGUGGAAUGUAUUUAAUGAUAAGAUGCAAAAAGCAACCAAUACUGUUGAUCAGUUGCAAGAUCGUUUGCCAGACAGCUCAAUAGAAAAGGCCUCAAAGAAUGAACUUCUGGAUCUUCUGGAUUACCACAGUAAUUUCACUCAGGAGUUAGAACAGCAGUUAUCAUCACUGGGACUGCUCAAGCAGUCUGCUCGUAACAUGCUUUGGGACAUUGAAGUAGAAUCUGGCUCUGAGGAACAGAUGCCCAUCAUGCAAGAAAUCAAAGCAAUGCAAGACAGAUGCCUUAACAUGCAACAAAAGGUGAAAAGGAGCAGCAAAGUGGUUAAGCAAGAACUCAAGGACCGUGAAGAAGUUGAAAGAGAGAUUAGUAAAGUGCAAUCUUGGAUUCAAGAUACCAGAGAAUAUUUAUUGAAUCCCACAAUAGAAGUAGAUGCUCAGCUUGAAGAACUACAGGGCCUCCUCACUGAAGCAACUGUUCACUGCCAGGCUGUUGAGAAAAUGGCUGAACAGCAACAGAAUAAAUAUUUAGGACUUUAUACCAUUUUGCCUUCUGAGCUUUCUCUCCAGUUAGCAGAAGCAGGAUUGGCACUUGUAAAUAUACAUGAACAGAUUCAAGCCAAAGAAAAAGAAUGUCAGCAGAGCAAAAUAUUAAAUCAAGAAUUUGGUCAGAAAAUUCAGGGGUUAGCAAAAGAUCUUAAAUCAUUUCUGUUCAAACUGAAGGAGAAGACAGAUAACAUAACACAAGCUAAAACUGAUCAAAAGGUUCUUGGAGAAGAGCUGGACAGAUGUAACAUAGAACUGGUAGAACUGGAUGCAGCCAUCCAAGACUUUGCUGAGCAAAAUCCUCAGCUAGCUAAACAGUUGGCUGGCCAGAUAGGCAAACUGACAGGACUCCAUCGGCAAGCUGUUAGACAGGCUGAGUACAGGGCAUCCAAGCUGAGACAGGCCACUUCGCACAUAGAUGAAUAUAAUGAGAUGCUAGAGUUCAUACUGAAAUGGAUUGAAAAAGCUAAAAUCCUGGUUCAUGGUAACAUCACAUGGAAUUCUGCCGCUCAGCUUCAUGAUCAAUUUAUGUCUCAUCAGGCCAUGCUUGAGGAGUCUAGUGAGGUCCAUGGAGAUAUUGAGGCCAUGAACGAGAGGACAGAAUAUCUGGCAAGUGUAUACUCAACUGAAGGAAUGUAUCAACAACUGUCAGAACUUGGGCGACAGACUGAUGAGCUACAGCAAGUGAUCAAAUUGCGACUGCAAAAUAUUCAGGAUGCUGCUAAGGAUAUGAAGAAAUUUGAAACUGAGGUAAAAGCUCUUCAGUCAGCUUUAGAGCAAGCCCAAACCACCUUGACAUCAACAGAGAUAGGUCGUUUGAGUCUUAAGGAACAACUUUCUCACCGACAGCAUCUGCUUUCUGAAAUGGAGUCACUGAAGCCAAAAGUCCAUGCAGUGCAAGCCUGUCAAAGUGCUUUACGGAUUCCUGAGGAAGUGGUCACCAGUCUACCAAUAUGUCACACUGCCCUGAGGCUGCAGGAAAGUGCUAGUCAUCUGCAGCACACAGCUAUUCAACAGUGCAACAUAAUGCAGGCAACAGUUAUACAGUAUGAGCAAUAUGAACAGGAGAUGAAACAUUUGCAGCAAUUGAUAGAGUCAGCUCAUAGGGAAAUCCAAGACAAGCCCAUCGCAACAAGUAACAUCGAGGAAUUGCAAGCCCAGAUUUUACGCCAUGAGGAGCUGGCACAGAAGAUUAAAGGCUACCAGGAACAAAUAGCAUCCCUGAAUUCGAAGUGCAAGAUGCUAACAAUGAAAGCCAAGCAUGCCACUAUGCUUCUGACAGUGACAGAAGUGGAAGGACUUUCAGAAGGAAUGGAGGAGCUGGAUUCAGAAGAACUCCUUCCAACACACUCGGCUCAUCCCUCUGUCGUUAUGAUGACUGCUGGUCGCUGUCACACACUUCUGUCCCCUGUUACUGAGGAGUCUGGGGAAGAGGGAACCAACAGUGAGAUUUCUUCUCCACCUGCCUGUCGCUCUCCUUCACCUGUGGCUAAUACAGAUGCUUCUGUUAACCAGGACAUUGCUUAUUACCAAGCCUUAUCUGCUGAACAAUUGCAGACAGAAGCUUGCAAGAUUCAGCCGAACACUUCAUCCACCCAAGAGUCCUAUGAGCCAGGGUUAGAGUCAGCCACCAGUGCCAAGCUAGAUGAUUUGCAACGUUCUUGGGAAACGUUGAAGAAUGUGAUUAGUGAAAAGCAGCGCACCCUUUAUGAGGCCCUUGAACGUCAACAGAAGUACCAAGACUCCCUCCAGUCCAUAUCCACAAAAAUGGAAGCUGUUGAGGUGAAACUGAAUGAGAGUCUGGAAGCUGGCAAGAGUCCUGAAAGUCAGAUGGCUGAACAUCAGGCUUUGAUGGAUGAAAUUCUGAUGCUUCAGGAUGAAAUCACUGAGCUGCAAACCUCACUAGCGGAAGAGCUUGUCUCUGAACCACUUGAUACUAAUGCUGCUGACCAGUUGGCUCUGCAGUCUACACUCACUGUCCUAGCAGAGAGGAUGGCCACUAUUAAGAUGAAAGCUUCAGGGAAACGCCAGCUGCUAGAGGAGAAGCUAAAUGAGCAACUGGAAGAACAGCGACAAGAGCAAGCUCUACAAAGAUUUCGUUGUGAAGCAGAGGAACUCGAUCAUUGGCUCCUAAGUACAAGGGCCACACUAGACACCACCUUGGCUACUGCUCAGGAACCUAUGGACAUGGAUUCUCAGCUGGUUGAUUGCCAGAACAUACUUGUGGAAAUUGAGCAGAAGGUGGUGGCUUUGUCUGAGCUGUCGGUGCACAAUGAAAACCUUCUCAUGGAAGGAAAAGCUCAUACCAAGGAUGAGGCUGAGCAGCUGGCAAUAAAGCUCAGAACACUAAAGGGAAGUCUUUUGGAGUUGCAGAGAGUCCUUCACUACAAGCAAUUCAACAUCCAACAGGGAACUCUACAGGAAAAGGAGGAGUGUGAAUCCGAUUUAGUCACCUCCCAAAGUCCCAGUGUCCAAGAAUGGUUGGCACAGGCACGGACAACCCGUUCACAGCAACAGCAAAGCAGCCUGCAGAGACAGAAGGAGCUGGAGAAAGAGCUGGCAGAACAAAAGAACCUACUUCGUUCAGUGGCAAGUCAUGGAGAAGAAAUCCUUAUCCACCAUUCUUCUCCUGAUAGCGUUUGUCCCAGCAAGAAGCCAGAUGUGUUAUCAGAGGAGCUGGGCUUAGAAGGAGAGAAACCAUCAGCUGAAGAUCAGAUGAAAAUGAAGUGGGAAGGUCUUCAUCAAGAAUUCAGCAUUAAGUACAAAUUGCUGCAAAAUGCUCUGGAACAAGAGCAGGACCAGCCACUUUACAGUAGACCAAACAGACUUGCUUCUGGUAUGGCACUGUUCAAAGGAGAAGGGCAGGAGCAAGAUAAACCAUCAGCUGCAUCUUUGUGGGCUGGGUUGAAUGAAGCUUUUGACGAGGUUUCAUGUCAGGCUGGAGGGGCAGCGAAGGAGAGCUUGAACUUUGAACAGAAGUUGUACAAUGGUGUUUCAGCCACCUCUUCCUGGCUAGAUGGUGUUGAAGAACAUUUAUUUGUUGCCACAGGCACAGUAUCUGAAGUGACUGAAACUGUCGUCUCUAAUCAGGAAGAUCUUUCUAAAGAUAUCAAGGAAAUGGCAGAAAAAAUGGAUAAAAACAAGCAUUUAUUUUCCCAAAUGUUUCCUGAGAAUGCUGAUAACAAAGAUGUGAUAGAAGAAACAUUGGACUGUUUGCUGCGGAGGCUAAUAUUACUGGAGACUGUGGUAAACCAAAGGUGCCAACAGAUGAAAGGGAGAUUCCAGCAAAUGCUGAAUUUUCAGAAUGACCUAAAGUUGAUGUUUACGUCCAUGGUGGAUAACAAGUAUAUUGUCCUGCAGAAACUAUCUGAAGCAGUUGAACGCCCUGAAAUAGAACAAAUGCAGGCUAUUCAGCAAGCCGAAGAUGGACUAAAAGAACUAGAUGCAGCAAUCAGUGAAUUAAAGAAACGUGGAGAUAAGCUACAAAUAAACCAACCUUCCAUGCAAGAGUUAUCAAAACUACAGGAUAUGUAUGACGAGUUGAUAAAGAUCAUAGGAUCCCGGCGCAGUGGACUGAACCAGAAUCUGGCCCUUAAGGGUCAAUAUGAACAAGCAUUGCAAGACCUCGCUGACCUGAUAGAAACUGGCAAAGAAAAGAUGGCUGUUGACCAGAAAAUGAUUGUUUCUUCUAGAGAGGAAGUCCAAACACUUCUUGACAAGCAUAAGGAAUAUUUCCAAGGACUGGAGUCACACAUGAUCCUGACAGAAACACUUUCCAGGAAGAUAAGCAGCUUCACUCUUGUGAGGGAAACUCAGUCCCACGUGGAACUGAUGGCACAAGCCUCUUCUGUGUUAAAACAGGCUCAUAAAAGGGGAGUGGAGUUGGAAUAUAUUUUAGAGACUUGGUUACGUCUUGAUGGGGACUAUCAAGAACUCACAAGACAGCUGGAGACUGUUGAAACUAGCAUUCCUACUGUUGGGUUGGUAGAGGAGUCUGAAGAAAGACUUGCUGAUCGGAUUGCACUUUAUCAACAUCUGAAAUCUAGCCUUACAGAAUACCAGCCCAAACUUUACCAAGUAUUGGAUGAUGGGAAAAGACUACUGUUCUCUGUCUCCUGUUCAGAACUAGAAACUCAGCUAAACCAACUAGGGGAGCACUGGUUAAGUAAUACCAGCAAGGUCAAGAAGGAGCUACAUAGACUGGAAACUAUACUUAAACACUGGACAAGAUACCAAAGUGAGUCUGCUGAGCUAAUUCAUUGGCUCCAGUCGGCAACGGAUCGGCUAGAAUUCUGGACCCAGCAAUCAGUUACAGUCCCUCAAGAACUGGAAAUGGUCCGAGAUCACUUGAAUGCCUUUCUGGAAUUUUCAAAAGAGGUUGAUGCCAAGUCAUCCCAGAAGUCUGCAGUUUUGAGCACUGGAAACCAACUCCUCCGGCUGAAGAAAGUGGAUACUACAGCUUUGCGUGCAGGCCUAUCUCAGAUUGACAACCAAUGGACUGAGCUUCUCACACAGAUUCCUAUAGUUCAAGAAAAACUGCAUCAGCUCCAGAUGGACAAACUUCCUUCUCGACAUGCAAUCACAGAAGUCAUGAGUUGGAUUUCAUUGAUGGAAAAUGUCAUUACUGAAGAUAAGGAAAAUAUAAAAAAUGUAGUGGGGCAUAAAGCUAUUCAUGAUUAUCUUCAGAAAUAUAAGGGUUUCAAGAUUGAUGUAAACUGUAAACAGUUAACUGUGGACUUUGUUAACCAAUCGGUACUCCAGAUUAGCAGUCAGGAUGUGGAGAGUAAACGCAGUGACAAGACUGAUUUUGCAGAACAACUAGGAGUCAUGAACAGACGCUGGCAGGUUCUGCAGGGUCUGAUAACAGAAAAGAUUCAGCUGUUAGAAGGUUUUCUGGAAUCCUGGACAGAAUAUGAAAAUAAUGUCCAAUGUCUAAAAACUUGGUUUGAAACUCAGGAGAAGAGACUGAAGAAACAACAAAGAAUUGGAGAUCAGGCUUCAGUCCAUAAUGGAUUAAAAGUCUGUCAGGAGCUGGAAGAGCUGAUAAAACUUAAGGAGAAAGAAGUUGAAAAAGUAGAACAGAGUGGACUUGUCUUGAUACAAAAUAAAAAAGAAGCCGUCUCAGCUGUGGUCAUGAACACACUUCAAGAACUGAACCAUUCAUGGGCAAAUUUGGACCACAUGGUUGGUCAACUGAAGAUAUUGUUGCAGUCGGUCCUCGAUCUGUGGAGCAUCCACAAAGCAGCUUAUGAAGAACUAAACAGCUACCUGAUGGAAGCCAGAUAUUCUCUGUCACGCUUUCAUCUUCUUACAGGUUCUUUAGAAGCAGUGAAAGUCCAAGUUGAUAACCUUCAGAGCUUGCAAGAUGAAUUGGAAAAACAAGAGCAUAGUCUACAGAAGUUUGGAUCCGUGACCAAUCAGUUACUGAGAGAGUGUCAUUCACCUGUUACAGAAGCACUUAAUAGCACUUUGAAGGAAGUAAACAUGAGGUGGAACAACCAUCUAGAAGAGAUUGCAGAGCAGCUACAUUCUAGUAAAGCUCUGCUUCAGCUCUGGCAGAAGUACAAAACCUAUUACACACAGUGCUCUAGCACAGUCCAGCAAUACGAGGAUCGAACAAAUGAACUUUUGAAGGCUGCAUCCAGCAAGGAUAUUGGUGAUGAUGAGGUCACUGCUUGGAUUCAUGAUUGCAACGAUCUACUUAAAGGGAUGAAGACUGUGAAAGACUCUCUCUUUGUUCUACGUGAACUGGGAGAACAGUUGACCCAACAGGUGGACUCUUCUGCCGCAGCAGCUAUCCAGUCUGGUCAGCGUUCUUUGAGCCAGAACUUAUCUGAUUUAGAACAGGCACUCAGCAGGCAGCAGUCUAUAUUACAGGCUGGAGUACAAGAUUAUCUGAUGUUUACUAAGAGUUUAGGAGGGAUGGAAGACUGGAUAAAGCAAGCUGAAGAAGUAUUGAAAGCACAAGACCCAAGUAAUUCAUCAGACCUGUCCACAAUCCAGAAUAGGAUGGAAGACCUUAAACGCCAAAUGUUAAAGUUUAGUGGCAUGGCAUCGGACUUGGAUCGUCUAAAUGAACUUGGAUACAGGCUACCCCUGAAUGAUAAAGAAAUCAAAAAAAUGCAAAAUUUGAAUAGACAUUGGUCCACGAUCUCUUCACAAUCUACAGAAAGAUUCAGUAAGCUACAGUCCUUCAUGCUGCAGCAACAGACCUUCCUAGAAAAAUGUGAAACUUGGAUGGAGUUUUUGGUUCAGACUGAGCAGAAACUCGCUGUGGAGAUUUCAGGAAGCUACCAGCUUCUUUUGGAACAGCAGAGGGCACAUGAGCUAUUCCAGGCAGAGAUGUUCAGUCGCCAGCAGAUCUUACAUUCCAUCAUUGCAGAUGGUCAGCAUCUUCUUGAGCAAGGACAGGUGGAUGACAGGGAUGAGUUUAAUCUAAAACUGGCCCUGCUCAGUAACCAGUGGCAGGGAGUGAUUCGCAGAGCCCAACAGAGGAGAGGAAUUAUUGACAGUCAGAUCCAUCAGUGGCAACGAUACAGAGAGAUGGCCGAGAAAUUGCGCAAAUGGCUAGUGGAAGUAUCCUGUCAGACUGUGUGUGAGCUAGGCAAAGUCCCCAUUCCACUGCAGCAAGCUAGAGCUCUGUUGGAUGAAAUGCAGCUUAAAGAGAAGGUUCUUCUUCGACAACAAGGGAGCUACAUUUUAACCGUAGAAGGAGGGAAACAGCUGUUGCUCUGUGCUGAUGGUGAGACCGAAGCAGCCCUACAGGCCGAACUUUCAGAAAUCCAGGAGCGUUGGAAAUUGGCCAGCCUCCAACUUGAAGAACAGAAGAAACAGCUUACAUUCUUGUUAAAAGAUUGGGAAAAAUGUGAAAAGGGCAUAGCAGAUUCCCAGGAGAAACUAAAAUCUUUCAAGAAGAAGCUCUCUCAACCAUUGCCAGACCAUCAUGAUGAACUCCAUACAGAACAGAUUCAUUGCAAGGAACUGGAAGGUGCUGCUGAGGGAUGGACAGACGAUCUUGCCCACCUGACUUUGUUAAAGGAGAACCUGUCCACUUGCAUCAGCGCUGAUGAUAUCUUGGUUCUCAAUGAGCGCAUUGAUCUUCUGCAUAGACAGUGGGAAGAGCUGUGUCACCAGGUUUCCUUGAGACGGCAGCAAGUGAGCGAGAGACUGAAUGAGUGGGCUGUCUUCAGUGAGAAGAACAAAGAGCUCUGUGAAUGGUUGACACAGAUGGAGAGCAAAGUGUCCCAGAAUGGAGAUAUCCUCAUUGAGGAAAUGAUAGAAAAACUCAAAAAGGAUUAUCAAGAUGAAAUUUCAGUUGCCCAAGAGAAUAAAAUCCAGCUCCAGCAAAUGGGAGAGCGACUAGCUAAAGCAAGCCAUGAAAGCAAAGCUUUGGAGAUUGAGUAUAAGCUUGGCAAAGUCAGUGACAGAUGGCAGCACCUUCUAGAUCUCAUUGCGGCCAGGAUGAAGAAACUAAAGGAAACGUUGGUUGCAGUCCAGCAGUUGGAUAAGAACAUGAGCAUCCUGAGAGCUUGGCUUGCCCACAUUGAGUCCGAGCUGUCCAAACCCAUUGUCUAUGAAACCUGUGACUCCGAGGAGAUUCAAAGGAAACUAAAUGAACAGCAGGAGCUACAAAGAGACAUAGAGAAGCAUAGCACUGGGGUUGCAUCUGUCCUCAACCUUUGUGAAGUCCUCCUCCAUGAUUGUGAUGCUUGUGCCACGGAAACAGAAUGCGACUCCAUCCAGCAGGCCACUCGGAACCUGGACCGAAGGUGGCGAAACAUCUGUGCUAUGUCAAUGGAAAGGCGACUCAAGAUCGAAGAGACAUGGCGACUGUGGCAAAAGUUCUUGGAUGACUAUUCUCGCUUUGAAGAUUGGUUGCAAAUUUCUGAAAGGACAGCUGCUUUCCCUAGUUCUUCUGGUGUACUGUACACAGUUGCGAAGGAAGAACUCAAAAAAUUUGAGGCUUUUCAGCGACAAGUACAUGAAAGUCUGACUCAGCUAGAACUGAUUAACAAACAGUACCGUCGUUUGGCUCGAGAGAACCGUACUGACUCAGCUUGCAGUCUCAAGCAGAUGGUCCAUGAAGGGAACCAGAGAUGGGACAACUUACAAAAGCGAGUCACCUCCAUCCUCCGCAGGCUUAAACAUUUCAUUGGCCAGCGUGAAGAGUUUGAGACAGCACGGGAUAACAUUCUGGUCUGGCUAACAGAGAUGGACCUACAGUUGACCAACAUUGAACACUUCUCAGAGUGUGAUGUUCAAGCAAAGAUAAAGCAACUCAGGGCUUUUCAGCAGGAGAUCUCAUUGAACAACAACAAAAUUGAGCAGAUCAUUGCCCAGGGUGAGCAGCUGAUAGAAAAAAGUGAACCCCUGGAUGCAGCUGUCAUUGAAGAAGAGCUUGAUGAGCUUCGGCGAUACUGCCAGGAAGUCUUUGGCCGAGUGGAACGCUACCAUAAAAAACUAAUUCAUCUCCCACUUACAGAUGAUGAACAUGACCUCUCUGAUCGUGAAGUGGAUCUGGAUGAAUCGGCAGAUCUCUCUGACAUCCAUUGGCAUGACAAAUCCGCAGACAGUGUUCUCUCCCCACACCCCUCCUCCAAUCUCUCUCUGUCCCUUCCCCAGCCCCUCCGAAGUGAAAGGUCAGGACGGGACACUCCUGCUAGUGUGGACUCCAUCCCCUUGGAAUGGGAUCAUGACUAUGACCUGAGCCGUGACCUAGAGACUGCCGUGUCAAGAGCAUUACAUUCUGAAGAAGAAGAAGAGGGACAAUCUUAUCUUAGAGGAGCAGCAGGCAUCACAGGAGAACCAAGUUCCUUAGAAAAACAUAUCCGGCAGCUUGACAAGGCCUUAGACACCAGCCGUUUCCAAAUACAGCAGACAGAGAACAUUAUACGCAGUAAAACACCAACAGGACCAGAGCUAGAUUCCAGCUAUAAAGGAUAUAUGAAACUUCUGGGUGAGUGCAGUGGGAGUAUAGACUCAGUAAAGAGGCUUGAGCACAAACUGAAAGAAGAAGAGGAAAAACUGUCUGGAUUUAUUAACCUAAACAGCACAGAGACACAAACAGCUGGUGUGAUUGAUCGAUGGGAGUUAAUCCAGGCUCAGGCCUUAAGUAAGGAACUAAGAAUGAAGCAGAAUCUUCAGCAGUGGCAGCAGUUCAGUUCUGACCUAAACAACAUCUGGCUUUGGCUGGGAAAAACUGAAGAGGAGCUGGAACAACUUCAUUGCCUUGAUCUUAGCACAGAUAUACAGACCAUUGAACUCCGGAUUAAAAAACUGAAAGAGCUACAAAAGGCUGUUGAUAACCGCAAAGCCAUCAUUUUGUCCAUCAACUUGUGCAGCUCAGAAUUUAUGCAAUCUGACAGUGAGGAAAAUAAGAAGCUACAGGAACGGCUAUCGCAGAUGAACAUGCGCUGGGACCAUGUAUGCACUAUGUUAGAAGAGUGGCGCUGUUCACUACAGAAUGCUCUGAUGCAAUGUCAGGAUUUCCACGAAAUGAGCCAUGGUUUGUUGCUGUGGCUGGAGAACAUUGACAGGAGGAAAAAUGAGAUCCUGCCUAUCAAUCCAAAUCUGGAUUCUGAUACCCUACAGGAUCAUCACAGACUGCUGAGGCAAAUCCGACGUGAGCUGCUAGAAUCCCAGCUGAAAGUGGCAUCUCUUCAAGACAUGUCCUGCCAACUUCUGGUCAAUGCUGAAGGCAAGGAUUGUCUAGAAGCCAAAGAGAAAGUCCAUGUCAUUGGAAACAGACUUAAACUACUCCUGAAAGAGGUCACACAUCACAUUAAGGAAUUAGAGAAAAACCUUGAUAUUUCAAGCAGUCAGCUGGACCUGUCCUCCUGGUCAUCAGCAGAUGAGCUGGACACUUCAGGAUCCCUCAGUCCAGUAUCUGGAAGGAGUACACCAAGCAGACAGAGAACGCCACGAGGCAAAUGUAGUGUAUCACAGCCUGGACCCUCUGUCAGCAGUCCACAUAGCAGGUCCACAAGAGGUGGCUCAGAUUCCUCCCUUUCUGAGGGCCGGCCGGCCUGGCGGCAGCACCGGUGCUUCCUUCUCAGAGUCCUCAGAGCAGCUCUCCCACUCCAGCUCCUCUUGCUGUUCCUGAUUGGCCUCGCCUGCCUUGUGCCAAUGACUGAGGAAGACUACAGCUGUGCCAUGGCCAAUAACUUUGCGCGCUCCUUUCACCCUAUGCUAAGAUAUACUAAUGGCCCACCACCUUUAUGAAGCAGC